CCUAUUCCUCGCCGUAGCCGUGCACCCUGUUAUACGAUUGACACAUCUCGCAGUAAUACCAACAAAGCCGUGGUCUCGCUUUGCUCAGCUUUAGUAGGAAUUCUUGAGUACCCAAAUGGUCGUGACGACAAUCAACCAUGCGAUAUUUAUUGGCAUAGUACGGUCCCACCGGAUAUGAAAAGUAUAGUGAAGUCAUCUCGUUGCCGAGUCAACAAGUUUCCAGGAAUGACGGACCUUUCGAAAAAAGUCUCACUCACGCAUGCCAUCGAUUCGAUGCGAAAAGUUUUUCCAGAUGAUUACAAGUUUUAUCCGCCAUCCUUCUUUCUUCCUGCUCACUUCGAUCAGCUGAAUGGCGAAAUGUAUUUCAUCGUGAAACCAGACGAUGGAGCUCAAGGAACGGGUAUUUACUUGAUAAACGACCCCAAACAGAUCAGAGAUGUGUCGGCAAAGCAACUUGUUCAGGAAUAUGUCGCUGAUCCCUUCCUUAUGAAAGAUCAACUGAAGUUUGAUUUCCGAGUCUAUGGCGUAAUUAAGAGCAUCAAUCCGCUCUCGAUCUACGUAUCUAGGGAAGGGAUGGUCCGAUUUUGCACGGAAAAGUACCGAAAACCGACACCGUCUAACUUUGAAAACCUCUACGCUCACCUCACCAAUUACUCAUUGAAUAAAGCCAACCAAUCCUAUAUUCACAGUCUUUCAUUGACGGAUCAAGCCAGCGGUAGUAAACGCCUAUUAUCCACAGUUUUUGGGCAAAUGGCCAAGUGUGGUCUGCGAACGAAAAGAUUGUGGCAUAACAUCAAAAUUAUCAUUGUGAAAACUGUACUCGCCAUGUUGCCAGAAUUGAUGAUAAACUACGAAUACGAGUUCAAUGGGAUGGUUGGACCACAAUGUUUCCAGAUCAUCGGGUUCGACAUAAUUGUCCGUGAGGAUGGCACUCCAAUCCUCCUCGAAGUUAACGCCGCUCCUUCACUGACGAUUGACCACAGUCCUAGUGAUGGAGUUCGCAUGAAGAGUAUUGUAGACGAAUUGAUCAAGCUUCCGCUUGUACGUGACACGCUCUUGUUGGUUACCGGUCAAUUACAUGAGCCACCCAGACGUAGAAGGUCGCAUGGCAGCUCAAGAUCGUCAGACGAUUUAACUGCUUUGAAGUCGCAAAAGAAACCUCAUCUUUGUGAGAUAUUCCCGAAUCGAUAUGGACAGGAAGCAUCACAUUUGCUAUUCGUAGACAGAGCAGUUUACAUUUUUAUGCAGUUCGCUAAUCUUCGCUUGUCAAAAAACAUCAGUAUUUCAAGUUUGCGUCGUUUCGUCAGAGAUUGUGGCCUCGAACGAUAUUUCCAUACGGGUGAACUCGAAAAAACUUCAGUAAUUUCAGGCCUGCCUUUUCACGGUUUCCUAGAAUUCUUGUCGAUUGUAUCAAAACGUCGUUAUCCUGAUGAGACCUCUCUGCAAGUUGCACUAAAGGAUUUGUUGAAUGUUUGUGCAAGUGCUCUGCGAAAUAGAGGUGUGAGAUCCCAGCGUCUACGUCGAGAAGAGGUCGAAACGAAAUCCGGAUACGAGAAGAAAAUUUACAUGCUACCGAGCCAUGUUCGACAUCAUAAAGCUCGAUCAAAAUCUUGCGAACCGAUCUCACCGGUCAAGGUGAGCCCCACUCUUCUGUGA